AAUUCAGUCAUGUAAUCAUGUAAUCAAAUGUACUAUAUGAAUCAACUCAGCCAUUGCCAUUGCAUCUAAAGCAUGCAAUGUAUCAAAAGGAUGCUGAGGACACUUCUGAGGAGGAACAAAAUGCAAAGGAGAAAAAAGAGAAUGAGAGGGAGAGUCGUGUGGGUGUGCCAACAGCUGAAUAGGGAGGACUUUGGCUUCACAACCGCAGUGCUAGUAUUAUGCUUCGCUGCCUCAGAGAUCAGCUUUCGCAUUCAGGAAAGCUCUGAGGUGAUGGCUUCCAAUAGUUUUCGUCUGUCAGAGGUGCAGUUUCAGUGUUCCAUCUGCCAAGACGUUUUCUCCGAGCCCGUCUCCAUCCCCUGCGGUCACAGCUUCUGCUUCACCUGCAUCACAACACACUGGGACGUAAGCCGUGCAAUUAGCUGCCCCAGAUGUCACACAGUCUUUGAAUGCCGCCCCGAGCUUUGUGAAAACUCUUUCGCUAAAGAAAUGUCAGAGCAGAUCCGAGCGAGAAGGCAGAACGGCGUGAUUGCAGUGACAGAAAAAGUCAUCUAUUGUGAUGUGUGCACAGGAACGAAAACUCAGGCACUGAAAUCAUGCCUCACGUGUCUGACCUCAUACUGCGAGAUGCACCUGGAGCCUCACCUGAGAGUUGCCACUUUGAAGAUUCACAAGCUGAUUGAACCUGUGGCAAUGCUGCAGAAUAGGAUGUGUAAAAAGCACCAAAGGCUUUUGGAGCUGUUCUGCAGAAGUGACCAGAGGUGUGUUUGUGUGCUGUGCACCGAAACCGACCACCGCUCUCACAAAACGGUACCAGUGGAACGAGAAAGCCAAGAGAGGAAGGUGCAGAUGAAGAGGAUCGAGGUUGAUGUUCAGCAAAUGAUCCAGGACAGACUGCAGAAAGUGGAGGAGAUUAAACGAUGUGUGGAGCUGAGCAAAGUAAAUUCAAAGAGAGACAUAGAGAAAAGUGUACAAGUUUUCUCCGCUCUCAUUCGUACCAUGGAAAGAAGUCAAGCCGAGCUGGUGGAGAUGAUCCAGAGGAGGCAGGCGGCAGCAGAGCAGAGGGCAGACAGGCUCGUUGCAGAACUUGAGCUGGAAAUCACUGAACUGCAGAGGAGAAGAAGUGAAAUGGAGCAGCUUUUUCACACAGAUGACCACCUCCAUCUCAUACAGAGGUUUCCAGCUCUGAGUUCUCUUCCAUCUGCCAGAUCCUGCUCUGAAAUCAUCGUCCAUGCAGACACCAGUUUGGGGAUAUUACGGAGAGCAGUGUUCAGCAUUGAACAGCAGCUGCAAUCGGAGCUGAAAAAACUUUCCAUUCAAGAGCAUGAGAAGAUUCAGCAGUAUGCAGCUGAUGUUCAGCUGGACCCCAGGACAGCCAACCCUUGGCUGGUUUUAUCAGGGGAUGGAAGGCAGGUUUGGGAUGGCAAUGUUGAACAAAACCUGGCUGACAUACCAGAGCGUUUUGACACAGCACCAUGUGUCCUCGCCCUCAAGGGAUUCACCACAGGAAGGCACUACUGGGAGGUGGAUGUCGGAGACAAGACAGCGUGGGAUCUAGGUGUAGCUAAAGAAUCAGUCAACAGGAAAGGUUUGGUCACACUGUGUCCAGAAGAUGGUUAUUGGACUAUCUGUUUGAGGAAGGGCAGUGAGUACCGGGCAUGUGCUGGACAGGCAGAGCUGCUGUCCCUCGCUCAGAGACCACGUAUCGUUGGGGUGUUUUUGGAUUAUGAGGAAGGCAGGGUGUCAUUUUACAACGCAGACACCCAGUCACACAUCUAUUCUUUCACACACGGCCGAUUCACCGACGCGAUGCUUCCCUUUUUUAACCCUGAUAUGAGUGACAACGGCAGCAACAAAUCACCACUUAUCAUCCGCCAAGUCAGUGGAAUCGAUGAAGGCAAGGAUUUAGAUGACAUCACUAUAUGAUCUGUCACAUCAUCAAUAAACACUAGUGACUGGGUGCCACAGCAGCCAUACAUGUCCAUGCCAUAACACUGGUCCCACCAUAUGCUUCUGACCAUCAGCUGUUUCUUUCCUUCUCCACACGUUUCUCCUCCCAUCAUCCUGAUACAAGUUCGUCUUGGUUUCAUCUGUUUUCUGGCCUUCCCGUUCUUGAGUGUAACAGUGAUGUAAUGUUCUUGUAAAUCCUUGUAUUUAAAACGACACUGAAAAUCUAUAACAUACAAAUGCAACACAAUGAAUCGACUGAAUCAUCUUUGUAUGUUCUUUUCAUUUGUCACGGUAUAAUAAACCAUCAGGCCAUGAAA